GUCGGCAACUUCCAGGCCCCGACGGCAGAGAAGCCGAUGGCGCUGGCCCCCGCCAAGGAUGCGCUGCGGGCCCUGACCCAGCGGGGCCACGACUCGGUGUACCAGCAGAACAAGUCCGUGAGCACCGACGAGCUGGGGCCGCCAGGGCGGCUGGACGGCGUGCCCCGGCCCGUAGCCCGAGAGAAGGCCUCGCUGGGCAGCCUGAAGCGGGCCAGCGUGGACGUGGACCUGCUGGCCCCACGCAGCCCCAUGGGCAAGGAGAACAUGGUCACCUUCAGCCACACGCUGCCCCGCGUCAGCACGCCCUCGCUCGACGACCCUGCUCGCCGCCACAUGACCAUCCACGUGCCACUCGACGCGUCUCGCUCCAAGCAGCUCAUCAGCGAGUGGAAGCAGAAGUCGCUGGAGGGCCGUGGCCUAGGGCUGCCCGAUGAGGCCAGCCCCGGGCACCUGCGGGCGCCCGCGGAGCCCAUGGCGGAGGAGGAAGAGGAGGAGGAGGAAGAGGAGGAGGAGGAAGAGGAGGAAGAGGAGGAGGAGGAGGGUGAGGAAGGGGGGCCGGCCCCGCCCUCACUCUACCCCACGGUGCAGGCCCGGCCGGGGCUCGGGCCUCGGGUCCUCCUGCCGCCGCGGGCCGGGCCGCAGCCGCUGGUGCACAUCCCCGAGGAGGGGGCACAGGCGGCUGGCGGCCUGUCUCCCAAGAGCAGCGCCGCCGUGCGGGCCAAGUGGCUCAUGAUGGCGGAGAAGAGCGGGGCCGCUGUGGCCGUGGCGUCGGCCCAGCCCCGCGUGGCCAACCCGCCGCGGCUGCUGCAGGUGAUCGCCAUGUCCAAGGCGCCGGGCGGGCCGGGCCCCAAGGGGGCGGAGACCGCCUCGUCCUCCAGCGCCAGCUCCGACUCCUCGCAGUACAGAUCGCCCUCGGACCGCGACUCGGCCAGCAUCGUCACCAUCGACGCGCACGCGCCCCACCACCCCGUGGUCCACCUGUCCUCGGGUAACGGGCCCUGGGAGUGGAAGACGGCGGGGGGCACGGCCAAGGGGGCAGAGGGCGAGGGUGGCUACGAGCUGGGGGACCUGGCCCGUGGCUUCCGCGGUGGGCCCAAGCCGCCAGGCGUGUCCCCCGGCUCGUCCAUCAGCGACGUGGACCAAGAGGAGCCGCGAUUCGGGGCCGUGGCCACGGUCAACCUGGCCACGGGCGAGGGGCUGCCCCCACCGGGCAUGGCUGACGGGGCCCUGGGCCCGGGCAGCCGGGAGUCCACGCUGAGGCGCAAAGCUGGCGGCCUGGUGCUGGGGGAGCGGGAGGCCACGGGGGAGGCGGAGGCCGAGGGCUACUAUCGCAAGAUGCAGGCUGUCCGCAGGUUCAAGGACUGA